AUGCAGUUUGAAUCUGCUGAGACACUGACCAAGACUCUUCGUUCUAAGAUCAUAACCAGCGAUGAAGUUGUUGAUAUAGUAAGGAGUCUAGACGGAGUACAUCCAUAUUUUCCUAAACGUGAAGUUUUUGUCAUAGAUUUGAUUUUGGAUAGAUGGAAUAAUUUUAAAAAUACCGACUUUAGAGAGAACCCUCGUGUAUGGAAACUGUUUAAUGAUACUUGGGUUAAAAUAGGCGAUGAGAACUUGCAAAAGAGUCUCUUCAAAAAACUAAAAUUUCCCGGUUUAUUACAAUCUAGUUUAGAGACUUUCAAUGGUAUCGAAGACACCGCAAAAGUACAGGAAUAUGUUGAAAGUGUUAAUACCACAUGUGACCUUCUUAUAAAAAGUGUCACAUCACUACAGUUACCUUAUGAAGCUAACCUGUCUAUUUUAGCUGCUGCAACCCAGAUUUGCUCAAGGAUAUCCUACGCCAAUAGAGUAGAAUUUCUAAUGAACCUAAUCAAUCUGACAAACUUCGAUAGUCAGCUAUCAAAACUAACCAACAAGCUAUCCUCUAUUUUUAGUGACAUUUUACUACUCCCAAUACUUGAUUAUAUCUCUAACUUUGAGAGUAAUAUUAUUGACAAGGACAUUAUAUUAACGUUCAAAGGUUACAUAAUGUCAGCGCUUUUCAAUGCUGAUAUUAUAGGUUUAGAUACGACCAACAUAUUGCAUGAAUUUUUUGAUGCUAAAAAAUCAACUAUAUCGCACAAUUCGGCAGUUAUCAUUUUCGAGAUCGCAAUGAAUUCGUUAUCUAAAAACAACUUUAUCCAGUUGGAAUCGAUAUACACAAUGAUAGUGGAUGUACAUGAUGCUUUGAAACCGGAUUUGCUACAAAAACUUUCAUCCACGAAGAAAACAAUGUCACAUGAAUUUCUAUUUAAACUGAUAAAAGACUCAUUUCAAUCAUUAGACAAAGUAACAAACCCUCAGGAGAAAAUACGUGAUUGGAGCCUUAUUAGGUCCAUACUUAAGUUGGAUAUCGAAAUAGCUAUUGAACUCUCAAAUGAAAUACUGGCUUUACUCCUGAAGAACUACCAUUUCUUUGAAAAAGAAUGCCAACAAAUAUGGGCCGAAUUUAUCGAAUGUCACAUUUCGGCCAGAGAGUUCUUUGGCUUUUUUGGGAGGUUAAGGACUUAUUAUGACCAUGACCAUAAUGUCUCCAAAUUCUUAUGUGCUCGUGAAUAUCGCUUAGAUAUUAAUAAACGUAUUGGGUUAUUGUCAGGUCUUCAUUUAAAGGAACUGAUUUCUGAGUAUGUUGCAGAUAUGGUGUCAACCAGCAGGAGUAAGAUUUCGGCCAUCUUAUUAAGUAUCAUCACAGAAGGACUUGUUCAUCUUAACCCCUCACAAUUAUCAGAGUAUCGUCCAUAUUUUCAAGAGGUAUAUAUGAUUGAUGACAUCAACUAUGCAGAACAAUGGGCAGUAAAAUACUUCCUGAUGGAUGUUUUCGACAACAUUAUACCGUUAGAUAUGCUUGAGAGAUAUAAAAAUAAAGAUAUUCAGAAAGUUAUUUUGGAAAGUCCGAGAAUUAACCUGCAAACCUUCAUGUUCUUCCUGAAAAUAAGAGAAUAUAUUUCCAUGGAUAUUAAAGAGAUAGAAAAUGCUUUGAUGAAAUACCUAUCAAUUAAUAAGUCCUCAACUUUUGCAUUUUUGAUCUUAAAAAAUUGGUACACCAUAAUUAGUGAAGAGUUCGACAGCCAAAACAUUAGAAACCUACUUGAAAUGUUAUGUCUCAACUCUAACUUUUCAUUACUACUGGAGUUUAUGAAAGAUGAUGAUAUUUUUGAAGAGCCAAAUCUCAUUCAUAAGUUAAUUGGGUAUUUAUCAGACAAUUUGACUGAAUCCGCUGCUUUGGAUGUCCUAAAGAUUAUACCAAUACAGUGUUAUGAGAAGUCUUCUAGAGUCUCCUUGAUUGAUCGACUAGCAUCUCUGAAGAUUAAUGAAAGUGUUAUAGAUGCUUUAAGCCAUCUACUGAUAUUUCCAACCUUCAAGACGAGACUUGAAACUGAUGUGGGUACCUUCUUUGAACUAUUUAAGAAUUCGAUUGAUCUAAACCAUCAUUCUGAAAAGUUGUUAACUACUAUUUGGUAUCAUCAUGCACAUAGUAAUGACUCAUCAAGUAAAGAUUUUACUUACAAUUUAGUAAAUUUAGUUGUUGCUAAUCUCUCUAAAUUAAUUGACGUUAAGGUUUCCUUUUGGCUAGCUUAUUAUAUCCAAAUCUAUGAUGAGAAAAGAGUACACAGCAAUUUAAGAAAAGAGUACUUCAAAGCUAUUUCCGCGUACUCUGAUAAACAAUCUAAUCUAAUGCCAUGGCUAUUGAAAACACUCUAUCAGCUUUUAAUAAGGGAGGCAGAUCUUUCAAUGUAUCAAGAUGUCAUAAAAGACUGCAUACAGAAAUAUAAGUUGGAUGGUAGCAAUUCUAAUGAACUAAAAAUUUCUGUUUUUAUGAUUUAUACACUAAAAGAUGAUAGUGAUUUCUCCUUCAUACUUGCCCAUUACUUGGCACUAAGAAGUCAAGGAUGUCACGCAAUGGAGCUGCUGACUGGUGUUUCAGAAUAUUUGAAGCUUACAGCUCACUACUCGUCAGAAAAGUACAAUGCAGCAUUACAUUUAGUGUGUUGUGCAUUAAACGAUAAUACUAAGACAUUUCACAACUAUUUGCUAGAAAUUGUGCCAUCUCUAAUGCUCAACCUUUCAAAACAAAAUCACAUUGGACAGAAAUUGACGGUCAGAUUAUUGAGUGCGACCUACACUAGUAUCACACAAGGCAUGAUGGAUAUUAAUUCUUUGACAAAGUUUAUUUCCACCCUGAAAGAAAUACUUAUAUCCAAACCAUGGAUGUUUGAUCAGUACACUGUUGAAUUGUUACUGCCUUUAUCACUUGAAAUUUGUAAUUCCAUCAUACCUACAACUGACUUUUCAAAUGUGCAACUUCAAAAUAAUAGAAUUUUCAUUUCAUUGUGCCGAUUACUUUCCACACUGUUUACUGUUCAUAGAUUCAAGUUGAACCAAAGGUAUCAUGUUAUUGAUUCUUUAUUAUGUGGUAUGAUGAAAUAUGUUAUAAACUCACAAUUUUACGGACUAACAGAAGAAUGCGCUAAAGCAUUUGCAAGGUGUGUCAUAACGUUUUGUGAACCCACGACAAAUACAUCCACCAAAAACAAGAACCAAACGACAUCGAAGGUAAAUGAAAUCAAAAAGAUACUUAGAAAACAUGUCCCCAUUCUUUUGGUGAACUAUACAGAAUUAGUUAUAGGCAACAGCAUCGAUAAUGAGAUAAGAAGAGAAAUCGAUCCAGCAUUGUACUCAAUGUUAAAUGUGAUAUCGAGUUCUGAAUUACAAUGGAUAAGUACACUUUUAGGAAGCACAGGCAGACAAUACUUUAAGAGUAUUUACGCCGAAUAUAAGAGAAUUGGCAAAUGGACAGAGCAGUAG